CCGGGAAAACAACACGAGAAGCAAGGAUCAAGGAUCUUUUAUUUAAAUAAAAGAUCCUUGACGAGAAGCAACUUCUCGUCUUGGCUUGCUAUUUACAGUAAAAAUGCAAAGUUUUUCGUGAAAUUGAGCCCUCCAAAACAAGAAGCCGGCGAUAAAUAACAUCAUGGCUCUGAGACGGUCAUUCGCAUCCAUCGUCCAGACCAGCAUCCGCCAAGCCUCGACUUUCAAAGCGGCCGUCUUGAAAGAAGUCGGCCAGCCACUGAAGAUUGAGAGCGUGAAAGCAGCUAAACUUAACAAAGAUCAAGUCAGGGUGAAGGUGAGCAAGUGCGGGGUGAACUCAGCCGACCUUCUUGUGUGCCAGGGCGAGUAUCACGUCAAGCCCAAACUUCCCUUUGUACCGGGCUUUGAGGUCGCUGGAGAAGUUCUUGAAGUUGGGUCUGAAGUGAAAACUCUGCAGAAAGGAGACAGAGUCAUUGGAUUGAACAAGGACCUUUUCUCGGGGUUCGCUCAACAGUGCAUUCUCAACCAGAAUGACGUUUGGAAUUUGCCUGGGGAAAUUUCAUUCAAAGAAGGCGCUGCUCUACCUGACUCUUAUGCCACUGCCCUCCUAGGCCUGGCCAGAAGGGCUCAACUGCAAGAGGGAGAUUCUGUUUUAGUGACUGCUGCUGCGGGAGGCCUCGGUCUUGCUGCGGUUGACUUGGCUGCAAAUGUUUACAGAGCAAAGGUUAUUGGUGUUUGUGGCACCGAAGAUAAGGCUUCCCUGGUGAGGGAGAAAGGAGCAUGGGCAGCUCUGACGUACAAACCUGAGCACCUCAGAGCCAAAGUCAAGGAGAUUACUGAGGGCAAAGGGGUCAGGGUCAUUUUCGAUGCUGUCGGCGGACACGUUUUUGAAGAAUCUUUAAAAUGUGUGGCCCACGAAGGAAUGGUGGUUGUGGCAGGAUUUGCCUCCAAGCAGAUUCCUCAGGUUGAGACAAGCAGCCUUCUGCCCAAAGCCUUUAGCCUCGUCGGAGUUUCCCUUUCCAAUUAUAGAAUAUCCGAUCCUGAAGUCUACAGGCAAAGUGUGGAAGACGUAGUGGACAUGUGUGAGCAAGGGCUCAUCAGCCCUCAUGUUUCUGCAGAGUUUGACCUGGAGAAGGUCAACGAGGCUUUUGAAUUUCUGCGAGAGCGUCGAUCCACUGGCAAAGUUAUUUUGGAUUGUGACGACUGAACUUUGAAGUAAUUUAGCAGACAGAGCUGUGAAUGUAUUCGAGUAUUGUUCUUCGACUCAAGACUAAAUUGAUUGCAGAUUGAACCACCAAUGGAAUGUUGAAAAUAGAACAAAUUGAAACACAUUAAGA